AUAGGCUGAGGCUGCCGGCUUUUUACGUUUGUUUGGUGUGUGUGUUCGUAUGCGAGUGUGACAAGGGAGUCUUUUCCUAGAAGUUUACAGCUAAUGCAUCUGUCAAGAAGGGGACUGACGGAGACAACAAGGAGCUAAGUAAUCAUAAAAGGGAAACGUGACAGAGUAUCCUCAGGAGUUUUGAUAGACGACACAAUUCUGGAUAUUGGAGCAGCUGCAUAAUUACAUCCUUUCUGUACUAUGACAAAAGUGGCCAGCCCCGCUUCAGUGACGGACUUGGAGAUGAUGUUGCAACCAGAGUCAGAUCAAGUGUCUCCAGCUGUCCCCAACUGUCCACCUCUGGACCUGAUUGAUACAGGGAAAGGGCUCAAGGUCCAGACAGCUACGCCUCAUUUGGUUAGUCUGGGCAGUGGAAGGCUGAGUGUGGCAAUUACCCUGCUGCCACUGAAAGAAGGGGUGACCCGCAUAGGCCGUGAAGAUGCUGCAAUUCCUCAAGAUAUCACUAUUGAGGGUCCUGGAAUAGAGGCAGAGCACUGUCUCAUUAUCAGUGAAGGAGGGGUGGUAACCCUGGACCCCUGUGGUCACCUCUGCAGCCUGGAUGGAGUCCUGGUCACUGUGCCUACACCACUCACACAGGGUUAUUCCCUGUGUCUGGGUAAGUCCUAUUUCUUCAGGUUUAACCAUCCUGAGGAGGCAAGUAGAAUGAAGAGUAUGCUCCCACAAAAGAGUCCAGUGUCUGCUUUAGCCUACAACACAGACUAUCUGAAAUUUAGCAGUGACUAUAGCCAUGCGGUGGUGGGUGGCACCAGCAGCGCUAGGGGCAUGCGAUCGGCCUCUGAGCUCCGGGAUUUGAUGGACACCUUACAGCGCAAAAAGAUUGCCCUGGAGAACAGCCUAAGAGCCAAUGGGAAUGCUAAUCCCACCUACUUUAGUGUGACGCAGUCUCCCCCUACCACACCUAUCUUGAGUCCAGCCACAUCCUCCACAGCCUAUCAGGAACAGGCUAGGCGAUUUUAUGGCUCAGAUCGUUUGCCCACGUCAUUGAAAUCUGCUCCCCCUCUUUCCCCUGGAAGUCGAUCUGAUCCCUCUUCCCCAGCCUCCUGCACCUCAGCUGGUCGCAGCCGUGACAACUUCGGUAUUGGCGGUAGCCGUCUGCUGCACAGUCAAGGCUCCUCUCCUUUGCUUUCUACAUGGACUAGCGGAGGCUCUUCAACUUCUGUUGCUGGUGGCGAUAGCUUCGUCCUCUCUCUUCCGCCAUCCUCUUCAUCAUCCCACAUUGCAUCGACAGGAGGUGCAGUUAGCAUGCCCUCAAGCCCUCGUCUUGGACGUCGUAGCUUUGGAAACCAAGAGCCAUCGCCCAGCAGUCGAACCAGAAAAUAUUCAGCAGGUUCCAUGAAUGGGAUGAUGGGAGGAGGGCACAGCCACUCGCUGCCACGCCUCUGCCCCUCCCCAUCUCCUCGUGACAACAAUGGAGGGCUGACUUUGUCAACGCUGCCCCCACGGCGAUCUGACAUUGCUGGGAAUUACAAAUUUAGCAAAGACCAUUACAGCAACAACAGCCAGAAUGCCAGCUCCGAAUUCAACCACAGCUUUAACUCCAGCCAGCAAGCCUGCAGGAAUCAAAUCCAGACCACAGCUCAGGCAGAAGGUGUCCUGUCUAUCUCCCUGUCCUCCCCUAAGAACCUGCCCUCCACAACGACCUCCAGCUCCUCCACAAGCACCCCACCUGAUGUGACCAUCGCAUCCAAAGCGGGGGGCUCCUCUUCUCCUCGUGUGGCCAAAAAACUCAGCCUGACUUCCACUAGCUCAGUGGGCUCUAUCAGCUCCACAAGUGCCAGCCCCCCAGAACCAGAACGGCUGGACAGCCGUGAAGUCUCCCAAGGAACAGACCUGUCUUUUGAGGAGAGAGAGAGGAAAGGGGUAGGCCUAGAGCUCACUGGUGCCACGGGGCUUGGCCUUGGAGAAAGGAGGUCUUCCUUUGGGAAGGCAGGCCUAGAACCUGGGUUGGGGUUGGGUGAGCGAAGGCAAUCAUUUGGAAAAGCAGGAGUGUUUCCACCAGGGGGUUUCAGGGAAAGAAAGGGGAGUAUCAGCUCACUGAGUGGGAAGGAGGAAUUGACAGACUACCACCAGCGCCAAAAAGAAGAGAGACUCCGUGAGCAGGAGGUGGAGAAACUGGAGCGGCAGAGGCUAGAGACCAUCUUGUCCCUGUGCUCAGAGCUGGGCUGGUCUGAGAGGGAUGGAGGUGGCAAGGCUGCAAGUGCCACUUCAGCUGUGGCAGAUCUUCAAAAGAUCAGCCGGGAGCUUGAGAAGCUCCAACUGAAUAAUGAUGAUGAUGACACACCAUCUGUGUUUUCGGACUCUUCGGCUGUUAUCGAAACAGGGAAUGGACACGUGACCUCCCCUGGAUCGGAGAAUGGUUACUAUAAUGAUGAUCUACAGGUACGGCAGAGGAGCAGAAGUGGUCACCGGGAUAACAGGGUAGAAUUACCUGCCGCUGGUCUGCAGAGAUUUUCCCCUUCACCUUCUCCACAUAUACAGAGGACCAAUGAGGCUCUAGAUGAAGCAGCUCAUCGCUGUGGACAGGACAUGAGGCCUUCAGAGGAGGAAGUGAGGCGUGUGGAAGAGGAGAGGAUCCAGGUGCUGAACAAUAUGGAAGAGCUGGAGCAAAAGAUCAAAGAGCUGGACAACCAAAUGGAGGAAUCUGCCCGAGAGGUGGAGGUUGAGCGAGCUCUGGUGGAGGCUGAGCAGGAGUCUGAGGUAUCUGCUCUCCAGCAGGAAAAAGAUGCACUGGAAGAACUUCACAACAAGAUGGCUGACCUGGAGACCAAGUCCAAACAGGAAAAAGAAAAGGCAUGCGAGUUGCUGGAGGCAGAAAGGGGCAGAUUAGAGAGGUUGGCUCAAAUUGUGUGUGAGCAGCGCUCCCAACUGGACAGCUGCCCUGAAGCCACCAAGGAGCCCCUGCAGGAACAGCUAGCCAGGGACUGUGAGGUGCUUGAGGCAGAGACAAAGCAUUUUGAGGACCUGGAGUUUCAGCAGCUGGAGAGAGAGAGCAGGCAGGACGAGGAGAAAGAGACCCACAUGCAGCAGUUUCUCCGGGAGAUUGCAGACUACCAGCGCAGCACGGUCACUCGCAAGGAGCGACUGCUAACACUGAAGAAGCAAGCAGUGCAGAUUACUCAGCAGGCUGAGCGAGAGAAGGGGAGCUUCUUGAAAGAGAGGAGCAACCUUGAGCUGAUGCUGCAGAGGGAGAAAGAAAACCUUGCCACACUGGAAAGAAAACACACUGACCUCACUGGCAGCCGGGGUUUUACUCUGAAGGAGGGCAGUGUCACAGUUAGUGAAAUCAGUGAGCUUUACUCACAGCUUGGGGUGGACCCUAAACCCACCCCUGUCCCUGCUCUGGCCAAGGCAAACCCCUCUCCUGACGAUGACACCCCCAAACCACCGGAGGAUGAGCAUUUCCGUUUACUGGAGGAGAGGAGGAGGUCUGAGAAAGAAGGUGGUUCCCAUCUAAGUGAUACGUUACCCAGGAAGAAAACUGCCAUGACUCCCCAGUUCACAUGUGCAACACUCGGACGCAGCUUCCCUGCCAAGUCCCAUCAGCCUCUGGUACAGAGCACAAGUUGUGGCAGCAUUCUUCCAAGAAUUCUCUCCUUAACCAACAAGGAAACUGAUUCUCGUCGUCUUCAUAAAGGUCAGCCUGGUACCCGAGCAUCUUCCCAGACCAACGUCUACCUCGAUGCCUUUGGGUACCGUGACAACCAGGCCUUUGACACAAUGAGUGUGGAUAGCGCCGACUCUAUGGAAACCAGCAUCUCUGCUUGUUCACCCGACAAUGUCUCCAGUGCCAGUACGUCAAAUGUGGCCAAGCUAGAGGAGAUGGAGCGUCUGCUUAGAGAGGCUCAGGCAGAGAAAAACCGCCUCCUGGAACACAAGGAGCAAGAAAUGGAAAUGCGAAAGCAGGCCCUGGAGGAGGAGAGGAGAAGAAGGGAGGAACUGGAGAAAAGGCUGCAGGAGGAAACAAGCAGACGCCAGAAACUUAUUGACCGUGAGGUGAAACUGCGAGAGAAGCAGAGGGCACAGUCUCGGCCACUAACACGGUACCUGCCGGUGAGAAAGGACGACUUUGAUUUACGGGCUCACAUUGAGUCGGCAGGUCACAGUGCAGACACGUGUUUCCACUUGUCCAUCUCUGAAAAGACCUGCCGGGGCUACUUGAUCAAAAUGGGAGGCAAAAUCAAAACCUGGAAGAAGCGCUGGUUCGUCUUUGACCGCAAUCGACGCACACUCUCCUACUAUGCAGACAAGCAUGAAGCCAAGCUGAAAGGAGUCAUUUACUUUCAAGCUAUUGAAGAAGUGUAUUACGAUCACUUGAAGAAUGCACAUAAGAGCCCAAGCCCCUCACUGACCUUCAGUGUAAAGACCCAUGACAGGAUCUAUUAUAUGGUUGCUCCCUCGCCUGAAGCCAUGAGAAUUUGGAUGGACGUGAUCGUCACAGGUGCUGAGGGAUACACCCAAUUCAUGGUGUAGGGGUUGCGGUGCUACAGUCGGACACAACAUGCUAACCCUCACCUUGGACUUUUUUAGAGUCUGGAUGGACAUCGUUGGUAUGAAGGAUGAAGAGCAUUUCUCCUGUGUUAAGACAGAAAAGUGGAGUUAGCUGAUCAUUUUGUAACAUGAAAUUAUAGAUGUAUACAAGAUGAUAGUUUUAAUAUUUUUAUGCAGUCUGUUUCAGUCCAAGAGCAAUAAUGAAGUAGGAGUUCAGGAGGUCUGAAAUGUGCUAUGAUGCACCACAAUGCCUUACAGGAGACUCAGAUGUCUUAGUAUGACAUUAAUGAUCCAAAAAAAAGUGCUGUACAAAGCCUGUACAGUUGUCAUGCAAGAACUUGUGGUCAGUUUUUCCUCUGGUUUAAACAAGGUUAGACAAUUUCAGGUGUGUUCUACUCAUUUUAGGCCGUUUCAUGUGGGAAGUAUAAAUAAUGCAUAAUAAUAGUAGCAGAUGAAAAUGAAAUUUGCUACACUUUCUGUAUCAUGGGGUACUCUCAGGUCUUAAUUAUGUGCAUAGAUGUGCUUCCCUGCAUCAUAUAAUCAUAUGUGAAUUUAUAUAUAUAUAUGCUUAAAAACAAGUGCCUUUUGUGUGCAUACUCAUAGGUGCACAUCUAUUUACUCUGAGCUUUUAAUGGAGCUCCAAGGUGCUAUUUUAAUAAUCAUAGCCACACCCUUAUAUAAAGGGGUGUAGUUAUUAUUUCAACAUAGUGAUAAUCAGUCAUUUUUAAAAAGAUUAUUGUGCUGGGUUUACAAUAGCAUCACCAGAGGCUCAGAAAUUAAACUUAAACAUCUGUUAAAACAUAACUAGUGUCAGGUGUCCUUUUUCCAUUAUAAGGAGUUGAAUAAGAAAAAGGAAUAAUUUUAAUAUGUGACAAAAUUGUUAUAUUUGUACAUUUAGUUUUUAAGUUGUAGUUAAGUUUUAAAACGGUUAUGAUCCAUUAUGAACUCAAGAGUCCUAUCUGCUUUUAAUUACCAUAUUCUGUGUGAUAUUAUUUGACAUGCAUACUGCAUUAUCUGUAUCAUAAGGCCUACAUGUAUCUCUGUACUAAAUCCCAAAAUUUUAUCUGGUGGAAAAUGCAGAAAUAUGGUCCUGAGUGGUUUUAUGAGAAAAGACCUUAAAAUACAAUCCUAUAAAGGUGUCCCUCAGACAUAUGGUACAUGCACACACUUUUUUUAAUCAAUUCUGACUGAUUAUGUGUCACUUUGGUCCACUAGCUUUCAUAGCGUUGCUUGUAUUACCACUAAUCUCCAUGUACAUGGUUGUUUUCCACCAAUUAAAGAAGAUGUUACAGUGAAAACUUCUAUAUUUUUUUCUAUUUUAAAAAUGUUUUGAAAUUGAUCUUACUAUAUUUAUA